AUGUUUGGCAUGAUCAAAAAUUCGUUUUUUGGAAGCAACGAGGAAACGGAAUACAAACUGCUCAGCAGCGAGUCAAAGGACGGAGUCAGCUUUGAGGUGCGACGCUACGAGGCCGCCAAAUUCGCGACCAUAGCCUCGGAGGGGCGGAGCUAUGACCAGGUGACGGCGGAGCUGGUGAGGAAGUUGCUCACCUACAUUGGUGGGAGCAAUGACCAAGGCGAGGCCAUGGGUAUAGCAUUUCCCAUCAUUGUCACAGUGUAUCCAAGGAAUGACGGAGUCCUCUCCCGACGCCUGGCGGUAGCCAUCCGUAUUCCCUCCACCUACCAGAUAAGCCCCCCAAAUCCCACUGACAGCGCCAUCAAGAUUGAGGAGCGGCCUGGCAUGACCGUCUACGCUCUACAGUUUGGGGGCUUUGCGGGGGAGAGCGAGUACCGAGCGGAGGCCCUGCGCCUGACGCGCACCCUGGGGGAGACGGCCCCCUUUCAACGCAAGCAGUACUUCUGCUGCAGCUACGACCCACCGCUCAAGCCUUACGGACGGAGGAACGAAGUGUGGUUUCUACAGGAGGAGCCGUAG